AUGGCUGGAACAGUCCUUUCAGAUAGUUAUGAGCCUCGACUAGUGCGUCCAGCCCGCAAAAUCAAGCCCUCCACUGCGCUGCUCGAGCACUCUGAAAAAGUGGCUCUCCCAUCUCAAAUUAAAGCCAUCAAUGCAUUUCGUGCAGCAGAGGCCGCAAAACAUGCUUCCAACAAUACCCAACUGCCCUCCAGUCCACCUACUCCUGAAGUCACUGUCUCUGCACCCAUACUUGCCAACAAACGAGCACAAACUGAAGAUAUCAAAGAGGGCUAUGAAUCUAGUGGCGAGGAACGUGAAAAUGAUGAGGAUGACGAGGAAUGCGAAAAUGCGCGGACAAACCCUUCCAAACGAGCACGCCAUCAGCAAACUACUGUUGAAGACCAUGAAGAUGUUGAUGAAGAUGGGAUUCUCAUGGAUAUUGAUGUCCAGCCUAUCACUGACGAGUCUGGUCCCACAUGUGAGGAUCGGACUCGUGAUAUUGAUGAAUUCUUCGGCAAACCUUUCGAGCGCACAAACACCAAUGGCAUCGUGAAAAAACACUGCAAGUGCAAAGUCUGUCCAUACAUUGUCUCAUCAUAA